GACCCUCGGCGAAACAAGUGGCAGUUGAAACACGUUCCAGAUCAUCUCGGUCCGAAUGCCCAUUAGGGGGCACAGCUGGGCAGUCAAAUUGUGUGUUUUGGCGUUUGUCAGGUGUCGAAUCGUCGCGUCGUUCUAGAUGGCGUUCAGUUCGACCGUGGACAUCUGAUGGAAUGCACAUUGCGGGGCGUAAUUUUGGCGGAAGUUCAAAGUGCGAAUAGAAAGUACUACUGUGAGUUAUGGAAGAGAAAUUAAUCGUAUGCUGAUAACAAAGUACUUUGUUGUUGCUGGUGAUAUCGACAAAGAAGUGGCAUAUUAUUCUAGAGUAGUUAAUUCAGAUUGAACAGUUCAUGUGGCCUGCGUGAAUAUUUUAAAAUUAUUUCAGUUUAAAAGUGAAAAUUUUCCAGCAAAAUGGAUUUGUACAGGGAAUUGGUGGUCUUAAAUGAAUCCAGCUGAGCUCAACUACCAACCAGUGGCGACGUUCGAGAAGUUCGAAAAAGAAAAUUACAGGAUGGAGAAAGGAACCCCAUCGCGGCAGUUUAUGGCGGGAGUGAUCGUCAACCUCGCAUCGGUAGCCCUCGGCACGUGUCUUGGCUGGACUUCACCGGUCAACAGUCAAAUAGAGUCGAACAAUACCAGCAUCAAUCCCCUGGAUGAGAUUCCGACCGAAGGGGAGAAAUCAUGGAUCGGUUCCCUGGUGGCGCUGGGCGCUCUGAUUGCCCCAUUCAUCGCUGGUCCGUUGGCGGAGAACUUCGGCCGAAAACUGACUCUGCUGGGUAGUUCGGCAUUUUUCAUUCUAAGCUACAUAAUUUUGCUGUUCACUAGUUCAGUGGGGGCCGUGCUGGCUGCGCGGUUGAUCCAAGGCUUCGGCGUUGGAUUUGUCAUGACCGUUCAGACGAUGUACAUCGGUGAAAUCGCAUGCAAUGAGUACCGAGGGGCUCUAGGAUCCCUCAUGCAGCUUUGUAUUGUCACUGGCAUCCUGUACGUGUACUCGGUUGGACCAUACGUAAGCUAUGCAGCGCUGCAGUGGGCCUGUCUAGCGCUCCCGAUCAUCUUCGCCGCGUCGUUCUUCUUCAUGCCGGAGACGCCGGCGUAUUACAUUUCCAAGGGACGAAAAAACGACGCAAUCCAGUCGCUACAGUUUUUGCGAGGCAAAUCGGCCGACGGAGUUCAGGAUGAACUGCAAGAAACCACCCAAUCGGUCGAGGAAUCCAUGAAGAAUAAGGCCAGCGUAAUGGAUCUGUUCAAGAACAAAGGAAACAUCAAAGCAUUGAUCAUCUGCUCCGGGUUGAUUAGCUUCCAGCAGUUGUCCGGGAUCAACGUGAUCCUGUUCUACAGUCAGACGAUUUUCGAAAAGACCGGAAGUAGCUUGUCGCCAGCCGUGUCCACCAUUUUAGUUGGUGUCGUACAGGUGCUGGCCAGUGGCGCCACUCCGUUGAUCGUCGAUCGCUUGGGUCGCAAGCCGAUCUUGUUGGUCUCGGCAGGUGGAAUGUGUCUUGCUCACGGAACCAUGGGUCUGUACUUCUACAUGGAUCACAUCAAAUCCGAAGCGCUGGAAAGCAUUAUGUGGUUGCCUAUCUUUUCGCUGAUCUUUUUUGUGACCGUGUAUUGCGUAGGCUUUGGACCACUUCCGUGGGCCGUAUUAGGGGAGAUGUUCCCUGCGAACGUGAAAUCUAUUGCAUCGUCGAUCGUGGCCUCCAACUGCUGGGUGCUGGGCUUUUUGGUGCUGCAGUUCUUCUCUACGCUGGACGCCGCCGUUGGAUCUCAUUGGUCGUUCUGGAUGUUCGGAAUUUUCUGCGGAGUGGCGUUCUUGUUCACGCUGACUACGGUUAUGGAAACCAAGGGCAUGAGUCUGCAACAGAUCCAGGAUAAGCUGAACGAGUAGGAAUGAGCGUUGGUGGUGUGUGGUUCCUAGCUAGCCGUGUUGCAAUUCAGUGGUAACGAAAGAUGCUUAAACUUUAAUGUAGAUAAGAGAUUUACAGUAAUUUAUAAUAUAUCGUGACGAUGUUUUCGAAUAAAUGUUAAGCUUUAUUGUUUGUGGUGAAUAAAUGUUAAUUGUGUUCAAAUUUGGUAGUACUAA